CGCAUCCGCAGCCACAUGAAGAUGGUGAUCGACCAGCUGGACGGCAUUCUCAAAGAGCUCAAGGAUGUGGCCAAGGAACUCCGGGAGGUGGUGGGUCAGAUCGAUAAACUUACGUCCGACUUUGACUUUGACCUGGAGCCAGAUGACUGGACGGUGGCGACAGCCAGCAGCACGUCCAGCAGUGAGCGAGGCUUGGGAGAGGCCUUCAGGCUCGACUUCCUCAAUUCAGAUGUGCUUUCAGAUAGCUGGGAGUUUUGCAGCUACCUGGAGGCUGCUGGAGGCACCACACGCAGACCCGGUGAGCAACCAGGGGAUCUACGACCGGAGCUGGGCCAUGGGACCAUCCCCACCCAGACACAGACCCCGACCCCACCCCCCACCACUGCCUCUGUGUACUCCCAGAUGAAUGGCGGGCUGCCCAUACCCAACGGGCCCCGCAUCAUUACUCCGGACUCCUCCAGCGAGGAGGCCAGCAGCUCCACGCACAGCCACAAGACUUCUCGCACCUCUGGCACAAGAGAACGAGUGCGUUUCAGUGACAAAAUUCUGUACCACGCCUUGUGCUGCGACGAUGACGAAGAGGAGGAGGAGGAGCAAGACGGGUUAGAGGAGGACAAGAGUGGUUGUGCGACACCAGAGAGUGAUACUGAGCCCGGUCCCCUGGCCAGCUCAAUGGCCCCCAAACGUUCUUCCUCUGAGCACUCACUCCACCAUAACUUUCUGGACCCUUCCUACGUCUCCUCAUCAGUGAAGGGGAUGACAGGAGCUCACACACUACCCAGGAAAAGUCUCUUAAACCCCAGCUGCCGCAAAAAACUGUUACGAAAUAGCAGCACACAAACUGUCUCUGACAAGAGCACCCAAACUGUACUGCCCUAUGUUCCAGCCAAACAGAAAACAAAGGACCACUGAGAGAGCCCCGAUUUUAUCUUAAAUCUCAUGAAGAGGACUGUGCAUUAUUUAAUAUUAAAUUCAUAGCUCAUAGAUUAAUACACAAAUUAAUUAAUUACUAAAUAAAUAAAUGAUAUAUGGGAAAACACUCGACUACCUAAUGUCAUUCUGAGGCUCAGGGAAAACAAUGAAAUGAAGUUAAAUGAUUUUGAUGACAGUUAUUGAUGGACCAAACGUUCAUAGGUUUAAAGACUGGAUUCCAGGCAGAAAUUACAAAAGCAAUCAUAGCUAAUAGUUCAAAAUUGGGAUUGGCGUAUGAAGAGGUCCCUCUCCUUCCUCAUUCCAGUCACAAUAAAUUAGAAAAAUAUGCCAUGUUCCCAUAAUGUGGAAACAAAACA